GUCUACUACAACGAGUUGGAAACACGUGUUAGGCUGAGUAAACGAAGAAAAUUAGGAGGUCCUGCUGUUGCAUCUGCUGCUGCUAAAACUCGUCUGAUUGUUAGGCAUCGGGAUUUUAAAGAUGAAGAGCUAAAAGCGCAAACUGCUCGGCUUUACAUGCUAGAGCAUGAUAUAGAGGAAGAAGAUGACGGCGAGGCUGAUGAUGAGGGUGAAGACGAGGUCGAAGAUGAAGGUGAAGGUCCUGUAGAAGCUGUUGAAAAGAAUACGGAUGUGCUGGAGGAAGACUUGGCUGAAAAGUCAGAUGAUAAGACAGAAGAUGAAAGCAAAAGACUGAGAGCAACCUCUUCAUCCUCUUUGAACACUCAUACCUUUAAAGCUAGAAGUAUUAGCAGUGGUAGCAGCAGUAGCGAUGACAGUGAGGCAAGUUCUGAGUCCCCCAAGCCAGUACCACUCAAAACAGCACAGGCUCCUGUUACUGCCGUCUCAAAAAGACCCUUAUCGGAUGUGGACACAGAGCUUAGUGACUUAAGUGACUAA